AUGCGUGAUGUUGAAACCGUUGCUCUUUCCCGAGCUUCAGGGAUUCGUGUCUUGAAGAUCCAGGCGCGACUUUCCUUCCAUGCACCAUGGCUCAACGAUAUCCGUCUCUUCUCGUUGUCGCCGUCAGACCUUGAACGACGUCUCCGACUCGCCUCCUUCUGGUGGAAGGGCCCAAAAGCAAGCCAACCCUACCGGAAGAGACCUCUCGCGUUCCGCCAGGCCCCCAUACUAUGCAAGCCGUCCCACGGUAGCAAGCACACUACGGGCCUCCCCCAAACAGAGGCAAGCGAGGAGUCAGAGCCCCAGGCUCGGUGCAGAACCUCCGCAGCAGGUCCCGGCGGCAGCAUAGAUGGAACCGACAUAUCUAGCAAGCCUUCACUAGAAUCCUACGAGUUCUCGGACGCCCAUGCCGCUGCAAACGCCCCGCUAGGUCACUACCGAGGACCGACCCCAAAGACGGUGGAUGAGAUCCGAGAGGCGUACUUUGCUACAAAAGGCCUGAGCCUUUCGAGCAUCAAGGAAUGGGAGUGGCACUGCCUCAAUGCCGACAUGGGGGCUCUGGCCAUCGCAGCCAAGAGCAGAGCAAUAAACGGGGAGAUUACUGGAUACGAUGAAAACGAUGGGUUUUCGGGUUCGGCCGCAACUUGCGGCACGCUGAAGCUGUGGUUGCUCUCCCAGGCAAAAUUCAAUGAACUAAAAACUAUAGAACUCUGGGCCCGUUUGACAACCCCUUCGUGGGCCUCCGGGAUCAGAAGAGAUGGUGAUACACGCUUUGAUAAUGACGACAACGGAACUGCUUCCUUUGGCGGUCCCGGCGAUUAUAGCAUCGAGGACACUCCCGCCGUGGACAGGCCACGAGGUGCGGCUAUUAGACAUCUGGAUGCGGCUCAAGUCGACGCGAGAGUUCCCGCAGUCCAGACAAGACUCCUCCGCAGCGUAUUGGGUGCCACUCUAAAGCGCGUUGGCUCGAGCCUCUACGGCUACAGGAUCAAAGCCAAGGGUGCCCGGAAAUCUAUGAACUCGGAAUCGAGCCAGUUACCCAUGUGGCAAGGCCGGUGGUCAGGGGAUGGAGAGGAUGGUGAUGAAGAAGGAGAUGGCAACGGCGACAACGGGGGGCUCCGUCAGCAGCUGGACGAUAAACUGGCGCUUUGCGAUGCGGUUAUCCGGGACCUCAGAAAGAGCGGGAAAUUAGUGAAAGAGGCCAAAUCCGAAUGCAAUACAUUACGAAGAGGUUUCUUGGCGCUUCAAGAGGCCCAGGAGCAUGCGAGCCCUACCCGGUCCGAAAUGGAUGGUAUGUUUGAGAGGCUCACUUGCUCGGAAAGGAAUUUGAAGCGAUACAAGUUUAAAUCAAGGCUUUUCGAUUCGCUCUGCCAAGAGAUAAAGAUGAUGCCCUAUCAUAUAGAAAGCGCCGAGGUAGCAAUUGUAUACUUUGACGCACUGAGAAGCUGGGUCAAGAUGAAAGAGAAGGCAGUUUCCCGUGAGUGGGGUAUGUGCGGCUCGGGACCGGCUCGCACAGGUCUCUCAAGAGCUGCCUUGUCCUCGGUUGGGGAAGACGGGGGGACGGAUUCGUUGGAUUCACCGGGGACGUCGCUCGAGUACUCCUCCUCAAUUGAUGAGGGCGGUUACGAUGGAGCUGGUGAGGAGGAGGAAAUGGUGGCGUUGGACGCCUUCUGA